AUGUCAGUGAGUGAGCAGAAACAAAACUCCUAUGUUUUCCAGGGCUCAAUCGAUAAACCAGGUCUUCAAGUUAUUCGAGGUGAAGGAAUUCGUAUUGAUGUUGAGAAAAAUGGUAAGGUUCAUAGAGGAAUAAUUGAUGCUAUUACAGGUGCUGCUGUAGGUGCUUUAGGAUGGGGAGAUUCUGAGGCGUUUCAAGUUAUCGAGGAAGCUGCUCGUACAGCCACAUAUUCGUAUCCUCCUAAGAUUUCAAACAAGAGUUCUGAAGCUUUAGCUAAAUAUUAUAUUGAUCGAUCUCCAAAAGGAGCAUUUGCCGCCGCCCUGUGGACAACAUCUGGUUCUGAAAGUAACGAAAAUGCAUUGAAAAUUGUUAGGCAAUAUUGGCUUGAGCGCGGUUUACCAAAUAAGAUCAAAAUAUUUUCAAGGGAAAGCUCUUACCAUGGCUUCAGUCUCGGUGCGCAGUCUAUUUCUUGGAAUGCACGUGUUGAGCCUUACCAACCUUACCUUAUCGAUAGAGAGAAAGUAUGCUUCAAAAUUCCAUGCGCCUACACCUAUCGUUUCAAAAAAAGUGAUGAAACCGAAGAAGAAUAUGCACAGCGCCUGGUUGAAAAUUUAGAGGAGCAAAUCGUCACCGCUGAUCCAGACACUGUUGCUGUGAUUAUUGUGGAGACCCUGCCUGGAUCUUCUUUGGGUACAACACCUCCUCCAAAGGGAUAUUUGAAAGGUCUCAGACAGAUUUGUAACAAAUAUGACAUAAUAUUCUACCUGGAUGAAGUUAUGUGUGGUACUGGUAGAUGUAACCCUAAUGGUAAAUUGAACUGUUGGGAAAACUACUUGGGAGCAGAUGAAGCUCCCGAUAUACAAACAGUGGGUAAGACGCUUGGGUCUGGUUAUGUUACUAUUGCUGGGGUGUUAGUUGGACCUAAAAUUAGGGACGCGUAUUUAAAAGGAACUGGUAUCAUCUCAGGAGGUCACACCUAUGCAUCUAACUCUUUCAACUGUGAAGUAGCUUUAGGCAUUCAGCGUAAAAUCGAAAGAGAAUGUUUGACUUCCAACAUAUUCGAGAUGGGAAAUAUUAUGGGUAAUAUGCUAAAGGAAAGGCUAUUUACAACUGAUAACAUUGCUGGUGAUGUCAGGGGGCUCGGAGGGUUCUGGUCUAUAGAGUUUGUUAAAGAUAGAAAGACUAAAAAAGCUUUAGACCCUGCCUUGAAUAUUGGUCCUCGUUUCCAAGAUUAUUGCUUUGAUAAUGGUCUAAGUGUUAUGGGCAUGCCAGGUAAUCCAGACGGUAGCUGUAGUGAUCGUGUAUUAUUGGCCCCUGCCUAUAUAAUCACCAAAUCUGAGGUUGAAGAGAUUGUAACCAUACUAGUACAUUCUAUCAAAAAGUUCAGUGAGAAUCUCAGAUCUGAGGGUGUGUGGUAA